AUGGCUCCUCUAGUCUCGGCAAAAGGCGCGCUCGUCCUCGGGGUGCUCUUCGCGUCCGCGCUCCUCACUCUCGCCGCCGCACCGAAAUGCGUGCUGUACUCGAAUUGGGACGUGACGGACAACAUGAAGACGCAGUCGAAGAAGAGCGGCAAGUCUACCAAGUCGCUUCCCACUGGCAAACUCACCCUCAAGGAGUACAAGUACGUAUUCUGGCUACGCCGUUCCGCCACAGCUUCCGCCAUUGCGCCACAGCUUCCGCCACAGCUUCCGCCACAGCUUCCGCCAUUCCGCCACAGCUUCCGCUAUCCUCUUCCUCUUACCUUCCCAGCUCGCUUCUCCGCCUCGAACCCGUGCCGUCCCUCUAAAUUCCUUCCGCCUCUCUCCCGCGCGUUUCUCAAUCGCAGGGGCAGCUCAGACGAGUCGUUCGACCUGUCGGUGACUGCGGAGCUGAGCGGGUUACCAGAACCCCCUGUGGCGAUCGUGAUCGGAAAGGGCAAGUUCGGCAGCAAUACCGGCGUGUCGUGGCUCAUCAACAAGCCCUGGAGCGGCAGCGGCGGCUCGUACAAGCUGGACUUCAAGCUGACGGCUAUUGAGAAGAUCGCGCCACGUGGCGGCAGCGGCACGAUUCUGGAUGUGAUGCAGGCUGUGGAUACGCACAUCGUGUCGGAAUACUACACCGCGGUUCUCACCAAGUCCACCAGGAAAUCUGGCGGCCUCGUUGGUGGCGGAUUCGUUAAGGGCUUCCCCAACAUUCUUCCCCUGUUCAAAUGCUAA